AUGUCUGCUAUUGAGAAAAUCCUGGUCAUCGGCGCCGGCGAGCUGGGCUACCAAGUCCUGCUCUCCCUGGCCCAGCACCCCCAUCGAAAUGGCGCAACCAUUGCAGUCCUUCUACGGCCCUCCAGCAUCGCAUCCACCCAUCCUGAGAAAAGCACUCAGCUGAAAGGCCUACGCAACCUGAACGUCGACUUCAUCCCCGGGGACAUCGCCCGUGAUUCCGAAGAGCGUCUCUCAGAGAUCUUCCACGACUACGACACAAUCAUCAGUUGUACCGGUUUUGCAGCUGGGCCUGGCAUCCAGCUCAAGCUCGCGCGUGCUGUUCUCGCCGCUGACGUCCCCCGGUACGUGCCCUGGCAGUUCGGGGUUGACUACGAUGCCAUUGGCCGUGGAUCCGCACAGGAUUUGUUUGACGAGCAACUUGACGUGCGGGAUCUUCUGCGCGGCCAGCAACAGACCAAAUGGGUGAUCAUAUCCACGGGCAUGUUCACGAGCUUCCUGUUCGAGCCUGCGUUUGGUGUUGUUGAUUUCGGGAACGACGCUAUUCUUGCCCUUGGGGGGCUGGAUACCAGGGUCUCAGUAACAGCACCGGAGGAUAUUGGUAGAAUUACCGCGGAAGCUGUCCUUGGCCCGAAGACCGAGUCGGUCUUUGGUAAUAGGCCGAUCUAUGUGGCUGGGGAUACUCUGACGUACGGGCAGCUGGCGGACUUGGUUGAGAGGAUCACAGGUCGCAAGUUCGCUCGCAGGGUAAGAACGGUGGAAGCUGCGAGAAGCGAUCUUUCAAAAGAUCCGGAUAACGGCUUGUUCAAGUAUCAGGUUGUCUUUGGGGAGGGUCGUGGGGUUGCUUGGGAUCUGUCGGAGACGUGGAAUCGUCGGGUUGGGAUCCAUGCCUCGACAGCGGAGGAGUGGGCACGCGCUCAUCUGGCAUUAUGA